UCCUCCUCAGAGAUGCCUUUCCCGUCCUGGUCCCCGCUCUUCCUCCUCUUCCUGACUCCAAAGGCGUGGAGCUACGAGGCCCCUGAAGACAAACAGGACGUGUUUGCCAGAACGGCGUGUCCCGCCUUCCUGACCUUCACCAACGCGGCCUACCUGUCAGGAGUCACCGUGGAGCUGCCCUGCCUCUGCAAACCAGAGCAGGUCCAGUCGGUCGUCUGGUUUUUCCGGAAACAUCUGGAACGAUCAGCGGACGCCAAAGCGCUGACUGAUCACCACGGCAACCACCUGCUCGAUCCCAGCCAGGUCCCUCACAGCGGAGACCUGCGGAGUCGCUUCUCCAUCCGACUCUUCAGCCUGCUGAUCUUCAGAGCUGGGCCCGACGACGCAGGCAUCUACAUCUGUGGCUCCGCCCACAAAGACUUCUUCUAUGGUUACGACCUGGACGUCCAGGAGUCUCUUCACUCUCACCUGUUUCCUGUCGGUCAUGCUGUUCUUCUGUACGUGUCACUUCCUGUCAUGGAUAAAGUUUUGUUUGUGGCGACCCUCGUGCGCUCUCGCCUGUCGUCUCCGACACGUGGACACGUGGUCGCCCUGCUUGGAACCACAGAUUCUGCCUCACUGCCAACCGGGCUACCUCUGUACUACCUGACCCAUCCCGACGGGCAGGUCCUCACCCUGGGCUGUCCCGGGGCGCGCCCUGACAUGGCGGUCGCCUGGGACCGAGGGAACGAACCCAUCUACAGGUCUGAGCACUCUUCAGGCGCCGGCGCAGACGCCAGACUGCUCAUAGACACCGGGCACCACCUGCUGUUCCAGCCGGCUCAAACGCAGGACUCAGGUGUGUAUUACUGCUGGCUGCACGGGCGCCGUGCGGCAGAGAUCCACCUCCUCGUGCACCCCCACUUUGGCAGCCAGUCGCUUCUGUCGCAUCCCGACUUUCCGGCCGCCGUGCAGACCGUGCUGGGAUCGUAUGCCGCCAUGACGACUGUGUUUUUCCUGCUGAUGCUGGGCCGAGCUGUGCUGAGACACCGCAGAGAGCGAGGCCACGUGGACUGAAGGCAGCGAGGGUUAGACUCUGUGUGGCCACGUGUGCGAUCCUGCUGUGAUCACAUCCUCAUUAAAACUCUGACUUUAUUACGCUGACAUAAAAAA